AUGUCGGGUCGGCCCAGGACCACAUCCUUCGCCGAGAGCUGCAAACCAGUGCCGCAGCCCUCAGCUUUCGGCAGCAUGAAAGUCAGCAGUGAGUAUCACCUCCUCAUGCAUUUCUAAGAGUAGAGCCCACCUUCUCUGCAUGCACCAGGCCCCGGUGUGGGCUAAUCCUGACUAACCAGGAAUACGGUAUCAAAUAAUCAUGACGUUAGCCCGUGUUAGCAUAGCCCUGUCAUGUAUCUGUGUCACUGGAAGUGCUCGAGUCGGUGUCGGCUCCGCACAGCGCUGCGCUCUGACGCGCAGACCCGGGGCCGGUCAGCCUGGCUAGGGUUAGCAGGCCGCGCCGGGCCGGGCAGGGCAGGGCAGAGCCGAGGCAAGGUAACCACUGAGCUCUGAAAUCAAACCUUUUCAUUCUGCCGCAGAUCCUCUCUGAUUAAUUUCCACUUGAAUGCAGAUUAGAUCUCACAGCGAGUAUUGCUACAUAGCAUCAGCCUUAUGCGUAAUAGAGUUAAAGCGAUAGGACCGGUGUAUUACGCAACUGUCAAAGCGGAAGGUGCGCCCAUCGCUGGCUGACGUUCUCCCAGGGAGGCUGGUUUAGUGAACCUGUGCUACAAGGCGUCGCGACGACUGGAAAGAGUGUGACAUACUGGAUCCUGUUCACGGAGCCACUGUGGCACCGUGUCUGGAUGUGGUUUUAGACCGGCUGCAGAGGAGAAGCCAUGAGACCGACUAGGCCCCUAAGUUACCUGCAGAGCAAGGGGUGCUGAGAAUGCUCUCCAUAAGCCCCGUGCUUAUUUCUAACCAUGCACAUUUCCUCUGCAUGGACUGUGUCAAAUUUCCUCCUUAAGAAACUGCUGAGAAAGCAUUUAGUCUCUGUGGAUGUGUGUUUUAGAUUGCACAUAUUGUUGGUUCAAGUGUUCAUGAUGAUAGUGUUUUAAUCAGCUAUGACUGAAGGUUGCUGCUUUACCUUAUCUUAUAUGCAGGCACACAUUUGGGUGUGUGAGAGGAAAGAAUGACGCUGUUGAGGAAUGUGAUGGUGGUGCUUUAAGGCUGUGAUGUGGUCAUGAUGUGUGUAAAGUGGGGUGAGGCCCGAGGUUCUCCUCUGGGCCUUGGCAUAGGAAACCACCCAGUUGACUGGGGCACACACAGGCAUACAUGGAGGAACAGUCCCCUCCCAAAUGUUAUACUCCUCUUGCCCCAGAUAUGGGUGUCGAGGCAUUGCUGUGUUCGAGUCAGUGCCUGAAAGUCACUGCUGUGCUGCUGCUUUUAUAAAGAUAUCCAGAGUAGCAAUCUUUUGCUUGUUAGUAACUCAGGAAAAUGAAGUCUUUGUCCUUAUUGUUGUUCAGACAUAAGCCAGUGAAUUAGCUCUAAAUACCAGACUGACUGCUUGGACUUAACAUUUUAUGAAUUUUACACCAGUUUCUCUUAAAAUUUUUCCUUUUCCAAGAGGCUCAUCUGGUAAGUCAGUACAUCAUUAUCAGCCAUUAAAGGCUGCAGUGUUGGGAGUCUUCCAAUUAACUGGGUGUUAAAUAAUUGGAUUUCUUUUAGCAGGUGGUGUCCAGCCCCAUAGAGGAAGGUGAUUAGUACAAAAUACAUGAAGCUUUAGUGAGGAAUGGGUUUAACUUCUGAAAACUGAAAGGGGAAGUUUGGAAAGCAGCAACUGUGGAACUUUAAGCUGACUUUUUUUUCAUAGAGCUCGGUUAUUUCUAUUACUUAAUGUUCAGCACAUUCUCAGUGCUGCAAAAAGUGAACAGUCUAAGAUCUAUUUCUGUUUCAUGAAAACUGAACACUCAGAAGAAACUACAAACUUAGACCCCCAAAAUUUGCACCUCAGAUCUGGUCUUGCUUAUGUAAAACCCCCAACACCUACUCCUUUCCAAGCGUCUUAUUUUAAAGAGAUAUUACAGCGUAAAAUUAAUUUAGGGUCAAACACACCGUUACACCGAGUUAGACACCAUAGAGAUGAAUGUUGCUGACCGCUUGCUUCUCUAGUUAUACCAACUUUAGUAACGACCACACGAUAGCAAUACACAGCGGUCUGAGGAGCCAUAAACAAACCUCAACCAAAACGCCACUCUAUAGCCACAAUUAAUGCUCAGAACAGCACCUAACUUCAUCAACAGUACAUAUAGGGUUUAAGCCAUAGCACUAGCCACCAAACAUCUUUUUAACUUUGCCUGAUUUCUUUAGCAAACAGACUAAACACAACUCGCCUACUCUCUUCCAGCAGCCGCUUGCUUGUAGUGAGAGCUUAGGCCAGUCCAUUUUGGACUGCUGCGGGGUGCCGCAGCUUAAGGAAGAACAUUUAUAAUCAUUACUUUAUCAUUUCCUUGAAGUAAUAAUCAUCAUGUUAAUCAUUUUGCACUGCAGACGCAGUAGUUCUUUUGCCUUAGCGUCUCAGUCUGACUGCAUUUCCAUGAUAAAAUAAAAGGAUGUGUUUGACCCUAAAUUAAUUUAAUGCUGGAAUAUCCCUUUAAACAUCACAAUUUGGUCCAUUUGAAAAAAAAAUUGUCUCCAAGUGGUAAACUAUUUGUGCCACUCACAUCUGCAGAGUUUGCGAGAAUACGAACAGUUCAGUCAAAGCAGGUUUCUAAUCUGACACCCAAUGAGCCCCCAAAACAAGUAAACAAGAAGGUCGGCCUCGCAUGAGAUUGGAAAUUGCACCAGCAUGUUGUUUUCUUCGAACACAUCCAUGGAUUGAGGAGUCGAACGCUUCAUAAUUAAGUCUGCUUUGCUGGUUGCCACAUGUCUUUUGGUUUGGGAUACACUGAUGCUCAAAACAGAAGAAGAAGAACAGCAGCAGCCAUAUUUGUAGUUCUUAAUGCCCUGAUAAUGACAGCCUUUUCCCCUUUGGGCAGUUAUAUCUUUAUAGCACUGAGAAAGUGUUUUUUUUUUUUAGAAACUUAUCCACCACGUCAACUCAAAUUUAAUUUUAGCUUUUAGUAUCUAGACAAAGUUAUUUAUUUAUCAACAAGUGACGACAGAAACCAACUUUAGAAUUCAAAUCAGAUUUAUAAUCCAGGAACACAAAUAUUGCAAUGUCAUUGCUGCACUUUGGACUGUAUUCUUAUGAUUCCUGGAACUCACCCUGUUAAGAUCUACCUACACUAGUUUUAUCUUAUGCCCCAGUUUUUCAUCUACCAUUAUAGACCUCUGCCACCACAGCAAACACACACACACACACACACACACACACACACACACACACACACACACACACACACACACACACACACACACACUUGAACCCCCCCUCAUAUGUGCGUGAAUAACUUGGCUGAUUAUCUCAAGCAGCUGUAGCCGCUGUGUAUGAUCCUGGAGAGAAUGCACUUACCCCUCCCACACAGGCAGACAGGAACACACACACACACACACGUCAAUGCACACAUGCACACACAUAUACAUGCAUGCAUCUCCACACCCACAUGAGCGCUCUUUGGGUCUGUUUUUUUUGGGGUGAGGCAGCUGGCCAAGAACAACGAGCAGCCUGUUUAGCAUUUCAAAGCUGCAGCUCUCUCUUCCCCUAUUUACUCCCCAUCUCCUCUCUGUCCCCCUCUCUCUCUCUCUCUCUCUCUCUCUCUCUCCCACAUUUUGCAGAUGAUGAUAGGAACAAAAUGAACUAAUUAUACUCUUUGGUUCAAAAUGAAGCACUUCUGAGAGGAGAACUCUCAUAAUCCUGUUUAGGGGUGUAGAAAAACCAGUUGAGUUUAGAGUGACAGUUUUUUGGGGUGUCCAUCAGGUGUAUUCUUGGAAAGUUAUACGGCGGCCAUUUUUGUCUUAGGAAAUCUUAACUAUAAUUUUUUAUAUUUUUCUAAUAGACUAAGGUGUAUGGUCGAAAUUCAGAGGUAGAUUCAUCAUUGUUUAAUGGCAGCUAACAACAUAUCCCAGUAAAAUGACCAUCUGAUAGUGUCCAGACUCACAGAGCUCUGACGUGAAUGUAGUGGAUACACAUCACGCUGAUAUCUUAAAUCUCCGCACCACCAUUGUGUCUGCUCACUGAUACCUUGAUGUCUUGAGCGUUUCUCAGUCAAAUGCCUCAGUGCCUGUGCUGACAGUCCUUUGACAAGAUCUCCCAGUACUGUAGGGAAUUAUCUCAUUAUGAUUACAGCAGCGGUAGAACACUUUGCACUGUGCAAGAGCCGUGGACUUAGUGUGUCCACGCAGGAGUUGUCCCGGCAUGCAGCAAAUCUCUACACACACCAGUCCAUGGCUACUGUGUUUCACUUUAUUUUAGGUUGCAGUUGAAACGAGUAGCUCAUGGCAAUCAGUGUCAGAGUUUAAAAUAAGGGUGUGAAUUUACAUGCAACAGUGACAGAGUUUAAUCAAGCUGUGUGUGUGUCAGGGGUUUACAAAGUCUCAGAAUGGACUUCAGACAUGGUCAGUGUGCAGGGUCAGACUCAGUGACAGCCACUCAUAGUGAUUGGAAAUGAGUGGUGGAAAGAUUUUCCUUCAAAUCUGGGGGUGGGGGGUGAGUAAUGACCACGGGUUGGAGUUGAAUCUGGGGCUGUCCCCUCUAUGACCUGUACAUAAGGUGCAUGUUUUUUACUGCAGAGCGAAACCUGCGCCCUUAAAAAGUUAAACCCAACCGCAUUUUUUUGAAGUUAAAAAUCAAACGCCCCUUAUUAAGCCCACUUAAAGCCCCAUAAAGCACUGCAGCUGUUGUUUUUCAAUGUCAGGUGACUGACAGCUGUUUGUUUUGCUCUUGCACCAUCACAUCCACGUUUGCCUGCAGACCCUGAAUCCAUAUGAUUGUGUUAAAGGUUUGUGUCAUGAAUUAGUACAGUGGUUUUCAACUGAUGGGUCCUGACCCAAAAGUGGGUCACGGACACGAUCUGAAUGGGUCACGAACAGCCGGGCAAAAAACGAAAUAUUUAAUGCGAUAUUUAUUAGGAUGAUAUUUGGAUGAAGUGGUUUUGACAAACUUUGAUGAUCAAACCAACGCAUCCCCCCCCCCCGUGGAUGCUCUGUAUGGGGUGUUGCUCUGGCCCCAUUAAUCCACAUGUUGUUAGCCAUACUCUACUGUGGCCUGGACUAGUCCAGUGACCUGAAUUGACUAUUGACGCUUGUGUCUGAAAGUUGCAGCAGCGGUCUCCACUCUGCCAUAAUGAUAUAGCGUAUACACAUGGAAUCACGUUCUCUUUUCGGAGGAUUUCCAGAGUAACGGUGGUAAUGCUGCAGGCACAUGUUGCAAUGUUUUUGUGCUCGCUCUAUUUUCUGUGUCGAGGCUGUGAUUUUAAUUUUAGUUUAAUUAGAUAUUAAACUGGGGCCCCGGGACAUUUAAUUUUCUGUUUGCUCUUUGGGGAAUACUUAGUUUCAAUGAAAAGGUUCUCCCUAGUUGUACUAAACAAGCGAAAUGAGAUUGUCGUCAUACUCAAAGGAACACCUCGUCUUAACGGUUGUUUGGUGCUUGUAUUCUCUCUUGUACCCUAUAACUCCUGUAUUAGUAAUAUUAGUACUAAGAUCAUUUCUUACUCUCUCAGUUUGAGACCUCACUGUGAACGUACAGUAUGCGUCUGUGAGUAAAGAGUUUUCUCACGGUUUUGAGGAAGUGCAGAGGCGUCAUAGAAGCGGCCCUGCUGGAAUAUGUAGGCAGCGGCAUAUUCCUCCUUCUUUUCUCUCACUCAAACACUCUCUCUCUCUCUCUCUUUCUCUCUUUGGGCGUCUAUUUCUGUCGUUCCAGGGUCUGAGUUCAGUUUCUCUUUCUAGACUCAGUCCUGGAGAGCGACGGCCUGCUGGUCCCUCUCUUUUUUUUUCUCUCUCUCUCUCCUUUUGAUCAUAAUCACAUCUUCAGUAAUUGGACCACUCACAGGUCACACAAUGACAUCAAGGAUCCCUGCAAACACACAUAUGAUUAUUUCAUGUCUGGGUUGGAGCAUGUCGAGCUCACGUUUGAGUGCGUGUGGCCGCGCAGGCACUAUUUGCGUCAAAAUCAAUAGAGCUGCUGGAAAACGAGCCGAGUGGGCUGGUGGAAGAGGAUAACAGCGGUAAACCUUUGCUCUCUGUGCUACUGUUGUCUAAGUCAAAACGGCCUCUUUCUGCCGGUAAGCCACUCAGGGUUAAUCAGCUAAUCAUUUAGUUAAUUUAAAACUCAUAAACAGACAGGUCACAUGCUGGCAGUCUGCCAGAGGACAGCAUUACUCAGUCACUCAAUUCUCAGAUAAAUCUGACAGUAUGGCCUGAUAGGAUCCGCCACGUGGAGGUGGUCUACUCCCAGUAUGCCGCAGGAAGUUCCUAUAAUGAAGCACCAUAAUCUGGAACAGUCAUGGUUAUUAAGGACUGCUAAUCCACACAUUAACAUGAUUUGUACCCACUAGAGUUGAUGACUGACUCAACAAACGCGUCUUAAAUUAAGCAAAUAGCACAGAUACAAUUUUUUAACGUGUUUUUUUGGUUUAACACAAAACCGCUCCUGCUGCAGUUUGAAACAAAGGGUUAAUUAUAAGUAUAGGACCAGAUUAGAGGGAGGCGGGAUUUAUCAGUACAAAAUGCACAUUUCAAUUGAGACAGCCCACACAUUUAAGGAACACGACACACACACUUCCCCUGGACGUCCUUUAACAGCCAGCUAAUGUGAAUUUUGCCCCUUGACACAGCAGAGGGGGGAGGAAGGAGAGAACCCACUUAAACAGGAAAGAGCCUCCAUGUUGGGGUCUCACGGGAGCAGAGGCAGUUCCUCACUGACUGGAGAGGAGGGAGGAGCAGAUUCUGAUCUACAGUGCAUUAGCACCAGAUACAGUCCUAUUAGCUUAUGACUAUUCACUGAUCUCAAUCGUGUGCACACAGUGGUCGGUGAGUCUUGUAUUCAGGGUGGAUAUUCUUGGAAAGAUGCUCUGUUUAAAACCUUUUUUUGAUGGACUGAUCUACCUGGAUGAAAGCAUGAUACUUAGUGAUGUAAUGAAUAUCAGUGGCACCUAAACAGACAGACUUCAAGUGUGUAUCUGUCCUUGAAAACAUAAAAACCUACCACUUCGACUGCUCUAAAAGCACCAAGAAGUGUUACUGAAUGGAGCAAUUUGAUGCUCUGUUUCGGCACAGCUCAUGAUUCACAGUCAGUCAGUCAGCUGGGAGCUGAUCAGCACAGCCACAGCUGUUGACCAGUAGAAAGCUCUGCUGGAACAAAUGGGGAGUAAAGUGGCUGUAGGAGGAAGCCUUAUUGUUCUGUAUCUCUCAGCAGAUAUUGAAACCUGCAACCUGUCAAUCAAAAAUCAGCCUCUCCAGCAAGAAGGCCAUUAAACCCUGAGAUGCUCCAGUCUGACUCCAAAAAGGCUUGAAAGAAGUUUAAGGAGGAAAAAAAAGGGGAGGGUGUAGAUUAUGAAAUGAGAGAUGACUGAAUUGUGCUAAGCUGCUUUAUUUUCAGAUUUCUAGUUUUGUGCGUGGUGGCUCACUGUCACACACAUUCAUUCUGUAUGGGGAGUGGAGCAGAGCCUCAUAAUAAACUAUUAGUUUCAGAUGUGAUUUAUGAAAAGAUGUGAAAUAAGCCUGUUCGAAUAUGGUCAAAAUCACCUUUACAGCUAUUUUCAUUGAUACUAAGAUCACACUUAUUGAACACCAUUACUCACUAAUUUGACAAUGUCUGCUUCACCUGACCUUAAACACAAUAACACACAUUAUAAUCAGCAUUAUGAAACAAAUUAAAAAAAAAAAGAAAAUAAGCAAAGAAUAUUUUAUUUUCACCUUUUUUUCAAACUAACCAGGUUUAUUCACUCUCUCCUCUUGCUCACGCUGUCCCUCUGUUUUACUAACACACGCUCUUCUCCCUCACAUUGUUACGCAGUUAAAUGUAUUUUUAUGGAACUUUGUUAUAGACAAAACGACAACAAAGAAAAACAGACACAGGCAUAUCCAAAGAUAUACAACAAAUAAUGCACAAUUUAGAGAGAAAUUUGUGGAAACUUAGUGCACUCCUAAACUUUGUUGCUUAUUGAUUUGAGUUUCAUUUAAAGUCUGUGGUGGAGUCAGCUGGUUCUUCGGGGGUUUGCUUGUUUACCUGAACCAUGAGUUAGUGGAGAAGAAGCAUUUCUUGAAUUUUCUCUCUCUUACCUGAUGUUCAUUUCUUAAAGAAAACCCUGUCCUUGACAUUUUCAUUUCUCUAAUCUCUUGGUUUCUUCCUUCUAAGGGGAUAAAGAUGGCAGCAAGGUUACAACAGUCGUGGCCACUCCAGGUCAAGGCCCUGACCGGCCACAGGAGGUGAGCUACACAGACACGAAGGUCAUCGGCAACGGCUCAUUCGGCGUCGUCUACCAAGCUAAACUGUGCGACUCUGGAGAGCUGGUGGCCAUCAAGAAGGUCCUGCAAGACAAGAGGUUUAAGGUAAAAACAACAACACAGCACCACACAUUCAGACUAACAGAGUGUGUCUGUCAGCUCAGUCCAGUGUCUGACCUGUUGGCCAAAACAAGAAAGAAAAUGAUAGUGCAGACUUGUUGCAUAAAUGAAUGUGACUGAGAAACUGUGAAGGCGACGUGAACAAUGAGAUCAGUGAAACUGCACAAGAAAAAAAAACAAAGGCAGGACUUGAUCACGUUUUGCCCCCUGAUGCCACGAAAGAAAACAUCCUCGCUUUAAUCUGUGCAUUUCCUCACAGGAAGUGUUUUUGAGCGGGUGCAUGUUUGGUUAAAGACUCAACUCUUGCGCAAACAAACUUGAACCCAGUAAUAACCAGUCAUCUGUCACCUUCAGCUCAGUCAGCACCGUCUGAACGUCAUCUUAACUUCCAGGCAGAGCUCUGCUGGAAACUUCCUCCUGUGCUUUGAAUAGAUUUGACUGAUGCCUUGUUGUUUCUUGGCCGAGGCGACGUGGUCCGCGCUCCCUUCGCUACUCUUGUCGUCGUGGGGAGGGGGUUAAAGUGUUGUUGUUGUUGCCAGCUCACAUAAAAGCCGAGGGGAUGCCAAGCCUUCAGGACAGCAGUUUAGGGUCUCAUUAAGUUUACGGUCAUCAGAGAUUGGAGUUAAGUCUGCACAGUGUAGCUGCUAGUUUUUCAGGUCCAAGAUAAAUGUUCAACAUGUUAUCAGCUUUGGAUCCUUGACAAAACAUCCUUUAUUUUCUACAUUUUUCUAUAUUUUAAAGGUAAGUAUUUCAGUCUGAAGAUUUGAGCCAGAGUAAAUAAAUGUGUUGUAAAUAAUCAACAGUGAUAGACAUUCUUGAUUUCUUCUAUUUUCUCCUUUUUAUGCAACUCUAAAGCAGCCGUUGUCAUUAAAAAGGAUUCACCCCCUUAUAUUUUGUUAUGAGUUUAUAAUUUAGGUGACUUUGUGCGAAAAAAUAAAAUGCUCCAAAGUCAAAAACCACACAAGGCAUCUUUAUUGUUCCCAUUAAUGAUAGCCCCUAUGCAUGCCACGCUUUAGAUUGCUGUUUUUAUAUACAGCAUCACACCAGCCUCAGCUUUCACAACACAGGGUACAGCAUAUAUACAGCCAGGGGGCACACUUAAGAUGAUGCAACACAUUGUGUGAGGAUAAUGGCCUCCACAUGUGGACGUAAAAUCAAACCAAGUCAGUACGCUCUGGUCUGAAAAAGAUGACUGUUCAUUGAAAUGUUUAAAUUGUGAUAAAGGCAGAGUCAAAGUUUCUGAGUGUGGAUUUAUUUUUUUAUUAAGAGUUUGAGAUUUGAUCCCACUCAAAUCAAUUCUGAUAAGGUUUAAUUCACUACUUCAACAUUUCAAAAUCAACCUGCAAACUGUCUGUCAGUGUCCUCGACUGAGAAGAGUAAUGGCAUGGACUAGUCUCGGUGUCUCUUAUUGUCUGAUUGACUGCAAAGCUUCAGUUCCGUCUCCUGUGACAGUCACUGGAGUUUCGUUGAAGUUCAGUCAGAUGUGUUUGCCUGUAGCGGUUGUUUCUUCUCGCCCUGAGCAAACCGGUUCAGCCAAAUGCUUCAGCAGCAGCUCUGCGCCGCAGGUUUAAUUAAUUUGGUCUUUUUCAGCAGGUGUGAGCACUUUGCUCUCCUAAAAACAGGUCCAAUAUAUGAUGAGGGGGUUGCCAAUCUGUCCCGAUGUGAUAAAUGUUUGUUCAGAGAGACACACACUCCCAUGCUGGCCACGGUGAGGUCAUAUCCUGCUCUUCCUGUUAGCCUGUCCUUGGUUAGCUUGUGGUUUGUAUGACACACAGGUUGCAUCUUUGUAGCAGUGGUUGGCCGGCUGAAGAUCAUACACAUUUUUUUUUUCUCCUGGUGUCGUUUAUCUCUGUCUCUCUUUCUCUCUAAAUGCCUCUACUCUUUCCUCGAGAACAGCUUGUUUUGGAAACUGAAGCAAAUGAACGCUAAGACUCCUCACAUGACUGCCAAGCUAGUUUGUGUACCCCAACCCCCUCCAUGCAGACACACACACUCUCACACACUCACACACACGCAAACACGCAAACAUACCCAAACACCUGCACUCUGUUUUCGUCUUGGUCUUUCUUCUUUAAAGCUUUUUGUCCACACGUCUCAUUUGGUGUUCAUUUGUGGAGUGAGUCUGGGUGAGCAGAACCAUGCAACUCAAACAUGUGUGAAUGCACACACACACACACACACACACACACACACACACACACACACACACACACACACACACACACACACACACACACACACACACACACACACACACACACGAGUCAAAACAGGAUAAUCAUGUGAAUAGGCUCUGUGUGUUAAGGAGCAGCUGAUGAAUGUGCAGGGAAAAACCUUGGUGGGUUUACAAUCUGCUCCUGGUGCAUUAUGGGAUAGGUUGUCCUCUACUCCCAUCAGAGGGAUCACAUAUCAGCCUAUUGGAAAAUGGAUGCUCACGUUAGAACCAACAAUCACUCAAACAGACAGAGGGUGAGAGCAUGUCUGCUGGUAAUGGCCUUUACGCAACACUGUUACAGAAUAUCUGCAGAUAUUUUUCCUUAUGAGUAAAAAACACAAUAAGACCACCUAUUCAUUUAUCCACUUAUUUAACAAGUGUGUCAGUGUAGUAGUCAGAAAAAGAUCAACCUCUUGGAUUAAAAAAAAAGUCUCAAAAUACUGUUAACAAAACAAACAAAUCUAAUUUGUGAACCAUUUAAAUGCACUGCUUCUGUUUGUUUAAAUAUCUUCUGCCAAAAAAGUUCAAGUUUUCUUUUACUCUCGUGGAAAUCAAAAUAAAUUUCUGUUAAAGAAAAAUUACCUCGUAGAAAUUUGUAGUCAGUAAAUACUAAUGUGUUUCAAACUGAAAAAAUUCAGUGUAACAAAGUUAGCGAUCAGAAACACAAGCAGCACAAGUGAGUAAAAGACAGAAUAGUGUCUGUAAAUAUUCUACUGUUAGUAAAUCUGAUUGAAAAAUCAUUCAAGAAUUUUAAAACUUAAACAUUAGAAAAUAUUACUUGUGCAUUCCGAGUAAACUUAGAGUGUUGACUGUCAACUUGGUGGCAUGUCUGUAGUGAUGUUUCAAAUCGAUGAAUUUCUUAGUUUCAAAAAACUGACUUUUCAAAGGGUUAGAAACACCAAGAAAGCAGUCUGAAACGUGAAUAACUUGUAUGCAGCAGCAGCAGCAGAGGAUCAGCAUUCUCAGAGCUAGAACCAUCAGCCUUUGGUCUGCCUUGCAGGUCAAAGCCUGCAUGCCUGUAGUGAUUAUGCAUUGCUGGAGUCAAGUGACUUUAUGACACAUACAACUUUACAUCCAUUUUCAAAGCUGAGAUGCCAUCAGACCUCCUGUGCUUCUUUACAUCCAGGUUUGACUAGCAUAUGUAGCCUGUAGUUGUUAAACAUUCAAUGUUUGAACCAAAAGUGCAAAAAGUUCAAGUUAACAUCCACUCUAGAGAAAAAGAAAGUUCUGAGUUUGAUGCGUUUCUUUGAUUUAGUGAUGAUGACAUAAAACCAGGAAAGUUUGAUCAACUUUCUAAAGUGAGUAUGAGCCGUUAGCUGCCGCCAAAGCAGAGCAGUAAGACAGAGUGGAAGAGUGUGUGCGAUGGUCCUCGAGGUGUCUAAUAGUCUAUUUAAAAACUGGAUGUGGUUUUGUCUGUCAGUCCACGUCAGCACUGAGAAAGCGUCUCUCAUCUCACAGUAUGCUCUUACGGAGGUGUUUUCUGGUCUUUGUCUCUCAGCCCGUGUCUCAGUGUCUCCGUGUCUCUGCCGGCUGGGCUGCUGACACACUGAAGGAUGACAGGUCAGCAGGAAUGACUGCAGUAGAACUGGAGCUGGGCAGGGCUUCACUGAACAGCCUGUCUGCUCCUCCUCCAUAUGGUACCAUCUUUCUCACACAUUACAACACACACACAAACAGACGCACACACUCACUCUCAAACACUCCCACUAAGCCGCUGCAAGAGGACGAGGGCGUUGUCUGCAGUGCAUGAUGGUUCGAUGGCUGGUCGGUGACCCACACGCUAUGAUGUCACUUUAUGUUGUGGGGGUUUUUGUGUGCAUGUGUUGAGUGCAGUUGUGUAAAUGGUGAAGAAGCAGGGAGGGGAGGGGAGGAAGGACUGUGGGAACCUUUUGUGUCUGCCUGUAAGUGAAUUAGGACAAGGAAAUCAUCCACACCAGGCGGCGGCUGCUGUCGCUGCUGCCGCCAAGACGACGAUGUCUUGUUUAGCGGACAGACCGCUCACUCUGCUCCCUUAAAAAAUAAAUGAGAGGGGGAUUAGAUCCACAUAAAGUGGGAGAAGGACAGCAGCAUACCUCCCUGUGACAGCCAGCCAGCCAGCAUGGUCCUGACCCACAUAGCAGGGGAGCUCAUUAGUCAACCCAUCAGUCAGUCAGCUUGCACUGUUUUUCACUAUUAUGUCAAACAAACCACACUCGGUCACCCGCUCAGAUGGUCAGAGUGGCAGGCUGCUGACACAGACUUAAAGCUGUGCUGCGAGUACACACGUGUGUAAAUUGAUAAGCAAUAAAAUCCUAAUUGAUUUUUAAAUCAUAUAAUAUGCAGUUGGAUGCAUAUCUUACUUCCUGAAUUUAAAAAUGUUAGUUUUGUUCAAUAAAUUCACUGAUGCAGACUUAAUAUUUACCACUUUUUUGACUGUUUCUUAGAGGCUUAAAAGAGACUUAACUCAUAACUCUGUAAAUUUAUUAGAUGCUUUUUGUUAGAAGUGUGUCUUUUUGUUUAAUUUAAGACAGUGUUAUGAUUUGAGUUAGGAGGUAAAGCAAAAUUCAAGGGGGUAGGAUUAGACAAGUUUAUAGUUCUUCCUCCUCCCUUUCACUGAUGUAAGCUGAGGGGCUUAAAAAAAUGAGAGGAUUGCAGAUUUAGCUACUGUCUUGUUUUGUUUUGUUUUUGUUUAUUUCUGAUGAUCACUUAUUUGUAUUUUCAACUGUUUUUAAGUUUUAUUUACAGGAUCGAAAUAAAAAUAUCAAAGAAUACAAAAAAUACAACUUCAACAACUUUCCUUUUUAAACUUUAUUCCAUCUCAAAAAUGUCAAUCUCACACGACAACCGAAGAGUUGAUGGUUUAGAUAGAAGAAGCAGUUGGGCUUGUUUAGAGAGGUUUAGCUAGCCAAUCAAAAAGUUUCUAGUCUCUUUGAUUACUUUGUCAGCUAAUCAACACAUUUGUCACUUUGUCUACUGGGAAAUAAGUCAGUGGUUUCAUUGUGAAACUGGGUUAUUGUCCCAGUCAGCUGAAAUACUUGACUGAAAUUUCUCAGUAAAUUUAGACUCUAAGCUGAUUACAUCCUGGUUUAAUUCAUGAUUUGAGUUUCUAUUUUUAGAGUUGGAUUAGACAAAAUACUAAGAAGGUUAGCUUGCACCAGAGAUGUAAAAAUGACCCCUAUUCUAUCGACCUCUGCACUUUCAAACGUUUGAAGUUUGAAGAUCUGUUUAAGGUGAAUCUCCUCUUCUCUCCACUUUUUCUGUCUGGGUUUUCCGUUUGACUCUCUUUGAAUGUUACACAACCACUUAAGAUCAACUCUUAGCACUGUGACCAAGGAGAGGAAGAAGAAAUGAGAAGAGAAGAAAGUACAGACUAUAAUGAAGCUGUUAGAGUUUUAUGUGCUGCUUGAAUUCCUGCCCGCCUUGAACAUUUAGAUCCACAUGCACAACCAUUCUCUGGACACACUGUAUCUGAGUAAAGAUAUACAGAGUGCAUCCUGUUGGAGAGUCUGGAGUGUUGUUUACCUAUUUAUUUCUGAAAUGUCUCUACAGGAUGGAUGUGUCUGGAACUCUUUGUGCUUCUCUGUGCCUCUUUGCCAUAAUUAUUGUCAAUUUGAAGGGAACGGGCAAAAUGCCACGUAAUGUUUUAGUGUGUUGUCAUGUUUUUGGCCUGUGGGAUUAUGCUGUCCCAUAAGAAAUGAAAGUCCUCUUUUUCUUUAUUGUUUUUUUUUUCUUUUUUUUUUGCUGCUACCAGAUUGAAUUUGAUCAGAUAUUGAUCCCUGAAAAAACGGUGACGUGUUUGAAGACAGAAUGAAUGUUUUCUGAGGAGAAAAAUAAAAAAUCGGCUUUUGAGAGUUCAGCACAUGUGAAAAAAAAGUCUUGAGUGGACGAUCUGUUAUUGUGCCAUAGCUGCAGGAAAUCAAAACUGACAUCUUGUGUAUGUAUUUCUCUGUUUUACAGAACCGUGAGCUGCAGAUCAUGAGGAAGUUGGACCACUGCAACAUAGUACGCCUUCGCUACUUCUUCUACUCCAGUGGAGACAAGGUCAGUAACCAGUACAUACCUGCUAUUGAUCAUUGCGUUAUCUCCAUGGGCUCCAUUGUUUCGGGCGUUUACUCUUUUAGUCAUUUGAAGAUGUGGGAAUGUGCUUCCUCCUGUUUGCAUUUUUCAGAAUAAAAUUGGUAAUGUUAUUAUCACCCUGCUAAUAUAAAGCUAUCACAGCUUUACUAUUAUCAGUCUUUCUGCUUUCUUGAAAUGGUUUCAUCUCAUGCUCAGUCACCAGAGCGUGCUGAUGGUUUAAAAUAACUUCCCCACUGUAAAGAGUACAAGCUAAAAUUUUAAAUCUGCUUUCAUUCCUGCUGAGAAUAAAACAUAGUUGUUUGCAGUCCAGGAGCUGUAUCCCUAUAAAGGUGCAAAGACUGAUUGUGUCCCAGCAUGGUGUCAAAAAGGUCUUGUUUUCAGUUCUCCAACAAAUGUCAAACCUUUUGGGCCAGGAGGAUGUUUUGGGUUCAUUUUCCUUUUCCAAACGUAACCUGUGAUAUUUUUUUAUGCCUAUUCAAACAAGAUUACAGACAUAAGCGGCUCAGUAAUACACUGUUAAAGCUUCUGGGAGAAACUUUUGAUUGAUAUCAAUUCUGCUUCCUCUUGUGGACAAAUCAGGUUUUGCUUCUCUUGUCCUCUAUGUAUGAAAUAUCUCAUCUUGCUGACUUUUGACGGUCAAAAGGAUGAUUUAUUGUGGAAAUUGCUAAAACAGGGCUGUUUCUCCGGCUGCUUGUCUGACACCUCUCCACUCACACCAGUCAAAAGUUACAAUAUAGAAGUCUUCAAUCGUGUCUCUGGUGGUCGAGUUACAUCAUAAAAGGGGAUGAAGUUGAAUUUAAGUCUUUACCACAGGAGCCAGUCUGGAAAUGAUCCUUUGAUUGAUGGUUUAGGUGAUUAAGUUACAUGGAGCUUGUUAUGGUAGUUUGUUUGCUGGCUAGUUAUCUGUUGUCAGGUGAUUAGGUGGAAAAGUGACACCUGUGUAAGGGUGGGAACAAAAGGUAAUGGAAACAGGACAUCCUCCUGAGCUGUCAGCAUGAGUGAUGAAGGCGAGGAGGACACACUAUCCGAAUUAAGACACUGUAGCUUACAUACCCUCAGUACUGUUGAUCAGUGGAUACUAUCUUCUAGGGGUGGGAGAAAAAAUCGAUACAACAUAGUAUUACAAUAUUUUGUCUGGUGAUGUAUUGUAUCAUCUCAUCCACCAAGUAUCAAUUUCAAGUAAUUGCAAUUAUGAACUCAAGUCCAUCAUAAUGGGAAAUAAAAUUAACUGUUUGGCUAGUGACGUUGGCAGAGGUGACAUUAUAGAGCAGGAAAAGUUAGUACAACAAAUAUGGCAGCACCAAGGACAUUAGGAAUGCAAGCAGGGCACAAAUUAGAUGCACAUGACACAUGAGGUUUCCAAGUUUUGCGACAUGAAAAUAAAAUAUGUGUCAGUAAGACAAAAAUAAAUAAAAAUGAUCAGCUAAGCAGUUGAAAAACUGUACAAACACAAGAAUAAUAAUAAUAUUAUCGCAAUAAUCGCGAUAUUAUCGAAUGGUGGCCCAAGUAUCGUGAUAAUACUGUAUCGUGGAGCCACUCGUGAUUCCCACGUCUACUAGCCUCCAUAAUUAUUUUCUGUUUAAGCCUUAGAGUCCAACAUUAUUGUGAGAUGAAACAACAAACAUACUUAAUUACUCCUAAAUAUGUUGUCAGGUCUAACUCUUUAAUCCGUUCUUCUGACUAUUGUGUCCGUAAAGUUUAAAAAGUCGUCUCUACACACAACUGUUUUUGUUUGCAGAAAAGGUUACUCUUCCUUGCUCUACCGAAGACUGUUUGAAGCACGUAUUCCUCCGAAGUUUUCCUCCUUAAAAGCACCAUAAAGUACCGUGGGAUUACAGCGUUCAAAGGAUUGCGCAGUUGGCUUUAAUCAGAGCGGUAACAUAAUAUCGCUCUCUUCCACCGUGAAGACUUAGUGUAAUCACCGUUAAUACGCAAAAUAUCUCAACUUUGCUGCCUCUUUAAGUUCUUUAUGUAACCUCUCAGCUGCAGUGUCCUAAUUCUUCUUCUUCUCAUACAUUCACGAUUGCUUACAGUACAUUAUGACAGGGAAGUCCCUCUCUCUGGAUGUAGCCCAGCCUCUCUGUCUGUCUAGAGGUCCCCUGGAGACGACAAGGCGGGGAUGUGUCAUUUAACUAUCUGACAAACGGGCAGCCGUCCAUGUGUCAAAUAUAGACACACAUGAACCUGGCACGCACUCACAUGCAGCGGGGACUUUAACCAUGACUUUGCAGUCAGGAAUGCUUCCAUGUCGAACACCUACUGAGGCAACAGGGAGGCCGGGGGGAUUAUAAGGGGGAGGUGAUGGCGAGGGGAGACAAAUGAGAGAGAGGACAGGAGGUUUCUGAUUGCCAAACCACUGGGUAUGGGUUAAUUUUAGACUCCACCAAACCCUCCCCCCGUGACUGUAAACCCCACCUACUUCUCCACCCCUCACCUCCUGCCAUGUGCUCGCUGAUCUCUUGGAAGUGGAUCUGAUUCUUGGUAUACUGACACACUGACUUGGCAGAGAGGUGAACCAACUCCAUUCCAACUUGAUUUUAUCCGGUUACAGGAAUUUGUUGAUUUGAUUGAAUCUAUUAUUGCUUUUGCAUUUGCACCUUUUAAAAGCCCCCGCCUCUUCCUCUAUUUCCUGUCAUAUAUUGAUUUCUUAUUCACCCCCUCCCCCUCUUCCUCCCCUCCCCUGUAUCACUCCAGGCUAAUUAUGGAGACUGGCACCAUGUUGUUGGUAUGGGGAUUUACCACCCAUAGAGCUCAGAGUGAGGAAAAAAAGGGAGGGGGGAGAGAUUGCUGGAGAACAAGGCAAAAGGUAAUGUCAGGGAGUUUAUGACGUGGAUGCAGAGUUGACGGAUGGAUGACAGAUGUUACAAAAAAAAAAAAGAGGAUGAGACCAACAAGAUGAGGUGAGGUCAGGUAUGUGUGGGUGCCAUUGGUGUCCUGAUGGCAGAGUUCAUGCCGGGUGCAGAUGUGAGCAGGUUAGAGCCACGGCUGUCAGUGGAGCUGCCAUCGUGUGCACAGGUAGGCUUAUGUAACCACUGGCAUGUGGUGUACUCAGCACACACAGCGUGCUUCUGCUCUUACCCUUUAACCACUUGUAUAAUACUGUUCAAACAGGAGGCCACAGGUCCAAACUGCGUGGGCAAGUCUGCAAACAGAGGUUUGACUUUAGUCUCUUCGAAAUGUGUAGUCGUAAAAAAAAAAAAAAAGGUGCGUGUAAGACUCAGAAGUGCCCUCUGCUGCGGGUGCUACUCAAAAUCACAUCUGUGGGAACGCCAAACGGCCUGAUCCCAGGUCUAAAAGCACAGGAUGGCGUAAAAGCUCUUAAGAGUUUGACAUCAGAUUCGGUAAUGUCUGCUGGCGUUGCAAACGAUUUAGCCUGUUAUAAUCUAUUAAACGCAAAAUUACAACUAGAGCUGCUACUUAAAAAAACAUCAUGCACAGUGUGUAACAUUUCUAAAGUGUAAUUAUGGAGAAUACUUAAAAUUUGCAUCACUAACAUGGUGCGCACCCUAAAUAAAUGUUUGGUCUACCCUGGGCUAAAUAGCAGGCAGCAGUUGUUUCAGGCAUAAACACAGAGGCUGCCACACUGUUGCGCUACUUUAAAAAGAGUCCACAGAACAGGGGGAGGCACGAGUCUUUGGGUCCCUCAGCAGAUCUUUCCAUCCCUCACCCUCCUAAUGUAGCUCUAUUGUGGCCACUAUUCCUACAUAAACAACCCCACCCCAUCCUACACGUGGAUGUUAAUAGACCAUCUGUGGUCGAACUGCUCUGCUCCUGGGUAAUGAGUUAGGUCUGGUGUGUGGUUGUUUCAUCCACAGGAUUCGCCGUGAAGCACUGAGAUAGUCCUGACAGCCUUAUGGUGAUGCAGCGCCUGCUUUCUACGUCGGUGUAUCUCGAGCUAUAGUUCCAGUAACACAUUUUCAAAAUGAGGGAAAUUCCCUUUUUUAAAGUUUCUCCAUCCUCUUCCUGAGCUCAUGCAAAUUAAUGAAUCAUAGAUCGGUUAUCAUGGACUGUGGUGCAAAUUUUCUCCAAUCACUAUUCUAAUCUGAUGUGUUUAAAAUGCAUGAUGCAUAAUUAGCAGCUUAUAAUCAGCCACACUCAGGCCUAUAAUUAAGGAUCUCAAACACACAUGUUAAUCGAAGGCCGUAGACAGUGACCUGCAGACGGUGUGUUUUCUCUGGGAUGACGUCCCGCGGUUGUUGUACUUGAUAGAUAGCUAAACCAGUUGUUCAGGUGCAAGCAGUUUUCUCAGCAAAUUGAAGGCUGAAUUAUUUAGCCAGGGAGUGAGCCAGGAGCCAAUCACAUCCCCGCCUGGCUAACCAUCUGGGAAAGAGCCAAGGAAGUGGCUUUGUAGUGAGGCAGGAAGUGAGUCAUCACUGUUGCUAGGCUAAAUAUAGAUUUGGUGGCGCUAGCAGGAGGUGGAGCAGGGCCCUCUAGUCGUCACAAAUGUUAUCAAUGAGAGUUCUGUGAAAGAAUGGGUGCGCACAUACACACACAAAACACACACGACAGGAGAAAGACACACAGGAGAAGGGUGCGAGGAGGAAAGGGGCAAGUGGCCAACACGUGUGCGUGAAAGUGGUGACCCAGCUGGUUGGGGGGAUGCUCCUAACCGAGCAUGAUAUCUGCACCUGUUUGUCUCCCCCGUAUCUCGCCGCCUCUCCAUGUAUUUGCGUCUAAUUGCCAGUGUGUGAGUGGGAGAGGGAAACCAGCAGAACAGAGGAGUCGGGCCAAAUGAAGUGUACCAAAAAAAGUCUGUCUGGGAGCUUUUCAUGAGCCAAACUCGUUCACUCAUUGAGCUUCGCAGGAAGCUGUAGUCGUCAUGAUGGGCGGACUGUUAACUCUGUGAACAGAUGGGGGAGAGGAGGUGAAGGGAUAUGGACACUCAGCGAGAGGGAGAGGAUAAUUGAAUCAAAUAAAGUUGGAGGCUCAAGCGUUUUUCCACAGGGCAGUGUGUCUCACAGCGUGAGUGUAAUGGUCGGACCCUGGUCAACUUCUCAAGGACACUUAAACUAGACACAAAUGAAUCUCUUUCUAAUGGUGGAACCAAAAGGUCUUAUUCUAUCAUCCCAAAUACUGAGUCUUCUCAAAACACUUUAAAGACCCACUCCCAGGAAAAACAUGUUUUUGUUGUUUUUGACAUGUUCAUGUGGCAUUUUCUGAUGCAACCGGACAUAUCAUGGGACAAAUAAGUGCAAAAUUGCAUUUCUGAGUAGGGCUGGGGGAUAUGGCUGCAAAUAAAUAUCACAAUAUAUUGAACAGUUCACCUUGAUAACGAUAAAUGGACGAUAACUACUCUCCAGCUGCUCACCUCCUCCCAUAAUAACUUUGUCUACUUCAGCAGCUACAAUGUUUGAACCGUCCUCCAUCUCCUCACCUGUUUUUCCCUCUUUGUUACGGCCUGGAUGGGGUGGAGUCACGUCUCUGACGUAGGACAGCGUCUUAAAGGGACAUGAGACCAUAGCCUACCUACACACAUCCAAAACCAACUUUUAUUUAUUUAUUUAUUUAUUUGACUCCGAAAAUACUGAUAUGGGCAAAAUGACAUUGGUUAUUGUCGUAAAUUCUGGUAUCUGUAAAUUUUCCGUUUAUCGCCCCGCCCUAUCUCUGAGUAUUUCUGCACUCAAAUAGCUGUGAACUUCUCUCAGACCAAAUGGCAGACUCACAUUUUCACUGGUGGACAUGAAUGAAUUUUGUCGUCAUCGUCUGUCAAAGCUCAGUGCCUCUUGUUGAACUUAAUUGCAGAGUGGCAGAUGGAAAAAAAAAGCAGAAAAUAAAAUGUGAGAGUUUAUCCAGGAAGUCUGGGACUUGAGUUCACAUUUUCAGGUCAAAGUUGAUCAGAAGAUCAAAUCUCAUAACUUGACUAAACUGCCCAAACCUUUAGCCUGUUGAUGCUUCAUCAUGUUCAGAACCAAGUGUGUCAUCUGAAGGCCCGGCUGCUCCUCCUUACAAACUUUUAGGGACUUACAAACUCGGUGUGAAUGGAUGAAUGAGUUUGGCAAGGAGCCCCCUUUGUGAACAAUGACUUUGACUCAAAACCCCCAAACAAUGGUUUCAUGAGGAACACCCCAUGACUCAGUGCAGACCAGCCCUGCUCAGACUCUAAGGAAAGAGGAAGUCCUAGAAUAACUGGGUGGAGAAGCCUGGACUGAGCAUCCUCUCAGGGUCAGUGUGCUCCUGUCCUGAGGAGAACACGCCGAGUCCUUCCCUUCAACUCCGGGCCCAUCCAAUCAGGAAGUGAGGAAGUGAUAUCAUUGUCUGCGGCCUCUUAGGGAGCACAGGCCUUUAUGACGCAUGCUCGUGUGGGCUUCCUGUCCUCGGGGGAAGGGUCCUUUACAAUGGACCACCAGUUAGGCUCAGAAAAAAAAAAUGUCGGUUACAUCAGUUCACAAACAGUUUCUUUCAUCAGGGGGAGAUGUAUCACAGAGAUGAAGAAGAGAGAAAAGGAAAGGAUUGACAGGGAGUUUUCUCCAGAGUAAUUGACCUACUUGGCAGAUUUGCAGGUCAUGAAUGUGAUGACUUUUAGCUGAUUCAUAAGGCGAUGUUUCAUUGUGGGGAGUUUAGGAUUCGUAGAUAUUCAAAUCCACCUUCUGUUUGCGCUCGUUUGACCUCUUUUUUUUUUCUUGUUUCUGAUCCUCUCUCUCUCACAGAAAGACGAAGUGUAUCUGAAUCUGGUUCUGGAUUAUGUUCCUGAGACCGUCUACAGAGUGGCCAGACACUACAGCCGAGCUAAACAGACUUUGCCUAUGGUCUAUGUCAAGGUAUACCUCAGUGUGUGUCUGUGUGUGUUAUUAAACAGUUUUCUGUUUCACUCUAUUUUUAAACCAUUACUUUUGAGUGUUUCUCUGGCCCUCCUGUAAUCAGUCAGAGUGACAAAUAACUCUGUUAACUUUUAAACAGGACUUGGCUCAUGAAAUGAAGGAGAUGAUCUUGUGUGCUUACAGAGAAGUACCGGGUUUUUCGCACUAUAAGGCGCACUUGAAAUCCUUUUGGCUUUUCGGAGCACUGCAGGUACCAUAGCCUCGCGGAGUUAUUGAAUGAGUUAAAUAAAGUUGGACUUAUCUGACUGUUUUGUUUGGCUUAAUGCGCUUUAUAAUCCGGUGCGCCGUAUGUAUGAAAAUAGACGCGUUGAUGGUGCGCCUUAUAAUCAGGUGCGCCUUAAAGUGCGAAAAAUACAGUAAUAAUUUUACUUAACAAGAAAAUCAUAAAAACGAUAGAGAUGAAUUUAAAUAGCAAUGGAUAAUUUAUUAAUUUGCGAUGUGAAAUGUUGUGUUUACUACAUUUUUCAGGCUGUGUGAGACGUUUGUAGCUGAUGAAUUGCUCUGUGCUCCAUUGAUUCAAUGAAAAACCAUGAGUGGUUGUUUUCGAGGCUUCCCUCCUGUCAUGUAUACUCAGCACCCCUGUUCGUAUGGCGGUAACCUUUGUGUGUUUCCGUGUGUAGCUGUACAUGUACCAGCUGUUCAGGAGCCUGGCGUACAUCCAUUCGUUCGGGAUCUGUCAUCGGGAUAUCAAGCCCCAGAAUCUGCUGCUGGAUCCAGAGACUGCUGUGCUCAAGCUCUGCGACUUUGGCAGGUGAGACACAGUAACCGCAUUUUGACAACCUCUGACAGCAGUGGUCUGGUUCUCUCAGCAGUGAGGGGACAGUUUGUUCUUGAAACAUGUUUAAUUCUCUCACUGGUAAUAAAAAUCUUAUGCUAGCAGCUGGUAGGAUAACUUAGCACAGAGAAAAAGAGGAGCACACUUUCAGAUUCUGUUUAAAGACAACCACAGAUACUUUGAUUGAUUUUAACUCUGCAAGAAAGAAAAAGCACAUGUAACAGAAUUCAUUGUAUUCACUGUUUUAUGUUGUUUACUAAAUUUAUGUUUCUUCUUUUGCUUUCAAUGUGUUGAUGACUGUGUGCUUUGAUUUUGUGUGCAGCGCUAAACAGCUGGUCCGUGGAGAGCCCAAUGUGUCGUACAUCUGCUCUCGCUACUAUCGAGCUCCUGAGCUCAUCUUUGGUGCGACUGACUACACCUCCAGCAUAGGUACGCUGAACUCUUUGACCAGAUUCACAGAUUCAGUGAUUCUCUCUGUGUUUAACACGGUUCAUUUGAUAGUAAGAGUAAGGUCAGAUGUUUUUUUUUUUUUAACUGGAUUCUCAUGUUGCUGAAAAUCAUCUGGUUCUGCACCUUUUCCUCUCAGAUGUGUGGUCAGCUGGCUGUGUGCUGGCAGAGCUGUUGCUAGGACAACCAAUUUUCCCCGGUGACAGCGGCGUGGAUCAGUUGGUUGAAAUUAUCAAGGUGAUCACUCAUGAACAAUGUGCUCAAAAAGAAUCAAUAUGAUUUUUCUUUUUUUACUUCAAGGAGAGAUGGACAGAGAGACCUGAACCUGUUUCUUUUCUCUUUUAGGUUCUUGGCACCCCGACCCGGGAGCAGAUCCGUGAGAUGAACCCCAACUACACUGAGUUCAAAUUUCCCCAGAUUAAGGCACAUCCUUGGACUAAGGUGAGUCAACAGGUACAAGAGCCCUUUUACUUUUCUAAGACCCACCGCUGCAGCAUCUCUUGUCUCCAUGCUUGUCUUUUCUCAUUCUUCACCGGCAUGCUGCUCCACAGCCCCUCGACCCCAUUAACCCCACCCAUCAGAGCUACAUGAGGCCAUAACCGCUCCACGCCUGCCAUGAGCUCUUCAGACAUGAUGAAAAAUGACUCAACAUGAAAAACUGUACUCAUCUCCAGUGGAUUUUUUUCUAGACUUGUUCAGAGUGAUGAUUAAUCAUGAGUGAUUACUUACCUGUGCAGCAUGACAGUGUUCUCUGUGUUCUUCACACUGAUUUGGCUCAUUUUGAACAGCCAAGAAAGCAGCUGUUACUCUUAGAUUGUUGCUGGGUGAGGCUUUUGGACAGUUUAUUGAGUAACUUUAAAAGAAUUAAAUCUUCUCAAAUCUUAGAUGUCUUUAAACUUAAGAAAAAGAAACUGAAGAAUUGAUCAAAUUGUAUUUUUUAAGUAAUUGUUGGUGAUCAUCUCUCAGCAGAGACGGGCUGUAUGAUGAUUGUUUUGAAAAUUUAAGUGUAACCUUUAAAAAAAUCACAGGAUAAUUCAUGACAUUAAUCUCAGUAUGAGGUAGAUUAGCCCUGAUGGCUGUUAAAGAAUUUAAAGUGCUGGUGAAGCUCCAGCUCUUCAAGCACAAAAUAAACAAACCGGCUUUAUCUCUCCGUGUGUGUCCACGGGUCAUCCUGUCUCCGAUAAACAUGUGAGAUCUUCACACCAUGCUCUCUUAUUGAUUCAUCAAAAUAAAACUGUUUGAAGUCAGGUGAAGGGACACUCUCUCUCUUCCUGACUUCAUCUCAGCAGCUUUGCCCACUCCUCUCUUAUUGGAUAACAGGAUCAUCCAAUCUGCAGGCAGCAGCAGCAGGUCAUCCUGUCUGCCUCUCAGGCGCCCUCCUGUGGUGACUCUCUGCAAUUGCAUUCAGUCACUACCAAAGUUCACUGAGCAGCCCUUACUGGCUCACAUCCCUAAUAGACUUAGUUUAGACUUAAUGUGAGAGUUUUCAGGAAAUCCACUGGAGGUUCAUUUUGUGUGUUUGUUUGUUUGUUUGUUUAUUUAUUAACAACAACAAUUUUGCUCCUUUCAUUUGAGGCCGUCUGUGGUUGUUAAUUUCCGUUUGUUUCUGACUGGUGUUUCAGGUGUUCCGGCCGCGUACGCCCCCGGAGGCCAUUGCCCUGUGCUCUCGCCUGCUGGAGUACACACCGACAGCCCGCCUCACCCCCCUGGAGGCGUGCGCACACUCCUUCUUCGACGAGCUGCGUGACCCUAACGUCAAACUGCCCAACGGGAGGGAGAAGCCCUCGCUUUUCAAUUUCACCACCCAGGGUAGGCACACAGAAUCGAUAGACGCUGUUAACAUGUGCUGAAACUCAAAAUAUGAACUUGAACAUUUUGAAGGAGAUUCUAGAAAGUUGACAGUUAAAUCUCUAGCUGGAAAUGUGACAGUGAAAGACUCAAGGGUUUAUUUAGCGAAAUCAUGUCUUCAAAACUGAAUCUAACUGGAAAAACUCUAACAAUUGUCUUUCAGAGUUAUCCAGUAAUCCCUCUCUGGCCUCUAUACUCAUCCCUGCCCACGCCCGCAGCCAGGCUGCUGCCUCCACCCCAACCAAUGCCUCUGCCAACACAGGUCAGGACUGCCUUUGAAUGCUGCACUGGUCAAUAUAUAUCAUUUCAAAGAUCUAUGUGUUAUAAUUCAUUUGUUCCACUUGAAAAGCAGUGUGAGCACCACAGCUGUUGUUUUUAUCACAAAUAAAACCCUCACAGGGCUGAAGUUCUUUUAAGAGAGAGAAGCUUUUACUCUUCUUUCUGUCUCUCUGUGUCGGUCUGUCUCUCUCAUUUUUAUCCACCAGUCUCCGUCAGAUAUUUUAAAAUCGUCUAGUCGUUUCCAGAAUUAUUCAUAAUACAGAGGAUACAGAGAACAUCCUGACAGAUUGUUUAUCAAAUCAGGAAUACUGAAAUUCCAAAACUUAAUAGAAACACAAACACUGGCUGUAAUGUAUAAAGUAAAACAUAGAAUAUUACCAGAACGUAUACAACUGUUUGAUUUUAGAUCAGAUGACGGAGAACAAAGGAGGACGUUUCGUUUUAAACACCUAUCUGCAUGGACAACUCUGAGACAGAUGUGGAUCUCUGUAGUGGGAGCUUAACUAUGGAACUGCCAAAGUAAUGAAUUAAAGACAUGUGCAAAUUUUUCACGAGCCAAGAAAAUGUUGAAGGAAAAUGCAAUUAGAAAUUAUGACAAAAGUGACCAGUGAUUCAGAAAAGUCAGCUUGAAAUACUGUUUUCAUUUAUAUUUAUUAUUAUGCUUGUUUUUGUUUACUUCAUGGUAUGACUACAGUAUAGCCCAGUGACUGAUAAGUCAGUUUGAAACUCUGUUUCUGUUUGAUUUGUUGUUAGUUUUUUGUGGUAGAAAUGUUUCUCAGUGAUAGAUUAUUAGAACAAUCAGACUUUGAAAGAGGGGCAGGUAAUAUAAGAUGUAUCGUCUCCCUGCUCCCUUCCAACCAAUGGAUAAGAAAUGUUGCAAUGUGACAUGAUAUUACCUUGGCUGGAAUAAAUAAAAAGAAAUUAAGAAGGAAAGAAAAGAAAAUAUAUAACCAUGAUCUGGAUACCACCUCCCCCUUCGUUUUUGUCAAAAUGGAUAUCAGAGAUGUAUGCCACAUGGGAAAAUCACAUACGUCUUAAAAAAACAAUAUGAUCUUUUUGUAGAUAUUAGGCAACAACUUUUUAACUAUAUGGAAAAUUAACCUCUGGAGACUGUAGAUCUUCUGUUACCCUUUCAUUGGUUCGACUUUAGGUUAAUUCUAGUGUCCAGGUAUCAUGUGGAAAAUGACUGUAAUGAUGAAUACCCUCUUUCUGUCCGUAGAUGGCAGCAGUACAGAGCGAGGUCCCACCACCACCAACGCCUCUGCCUCGGCCUCCAACUCCACCUCUUGA